AUGCAGGAAGAGUUCGACGCUCUUCAGUGGAACCGUACCUGGACACUGGUUCCUCGGCCUUCUUGCGCCAAUGUUAUCAGCGGCAAGUGGGUCUUUCGCCAUAAGACCCGCUCGGAUGGUACACUUGAGCACUACAAGGCUCGCUGGAUGGUCGUUCGACGACCCGACGGCUUCUUUCUUCAUCAGCAGAAGUAUGUGCACGAGCUACUUGAGCGUGCCGGCAUGCUCAACUGUCACCCUGUUGCUACUCCUGUUGACACGAAGGCCAAGUAUGCUGUUCAGCAGGUGUGUCUACAUAUGCACGCCCCUCGUGACUCCCAUUGGACCCUCGUGAAGCGGAUUCUUUGUUACAUCAGCGGCACGCUGGCCCUUGGGCUUACUCUCACGGCGUCCACUUCUCUGGAGAUGGUGGCCUACUCCGACGCGGACUGGGCCGGCUGCCCCGACACCCGUCGGUCCACCUCUGGCUACUGCGUUUACCUCGGUCCUUCACUCGUCUCGUGGUCGUCCAAGUGA